AUCCAUUUCAAUACUGUUCAUUAUCCUAAACGCGCUUUCACGUGAAAGAUAUAAACCAACAAGAACCGAUUUCUUCGAUUGAUCGCGAGAUAUUAGUGCUCCAGUGGUUUCGUGAUUUAUCGAUUAACGUUCCAAGUUGAAUGUGAUCAAUAUUGUGUGAAUUGAGUGGUGUGAAUGAUUAUUAUUUAGAAGUUCAUGUUACAUAAUACAAUCCACUGAUAAUGGCUGUGAAUAACUGGUUUCAAUCUUGGGGUCCGCCAGCUGGGCACUUUGCACCUGAUUACUCAGUCAACUACUCCCGUCCUGCCAUUUUUGAAGGAAUACCAAAAUAUUCGAAAGGUCAUGGAAACACCCCAGCUAAUAUUUUGCCUUUCUUGUUACGAAUGGGGCUUCUUCAGGCACCACCAGAAUCACAAGUUUCGACAUCAAAAACAGUGGAAUCCGAGAAAAAUAGAAGACCCGGAAAUUCAGACCACAGUCGGUAUGACAGCAACAAAAUUUAUUCAGAGAGUACUGGACCCUUCAUGACAAAAUACGCAUGGAAACAACUGGACUUUAAGUAUACUUCAGAUUUCGAUAGAGAUGCAGCUAUAAGAUCCGGAGAGUUCAUACCUGAAAACAAUUUACCUCUUGGAAUAGAACUUUGGAAAGAUAGACUUUUCGUUACUAUGCCUAAGUGGAAAAAUGGAGUUCCUGCAACACUCGCGGUUCUUCCAAGAGAACCUAAAGAGCCAUCUCCCCAGCUUGUACCGUACCCAAACUGGGAUUGGCAUAAAACGGAAUCCUGUGAGGGACUCACAUCUAUAUUCCGGAUACAAGCUGAUGAUUGUGGAAGACUCUGGGUUCUGGAUUCUGGACAAAUUGAAGUUACUAUCAAGCCCAAGCAAGUUUGCCCUCCAGCUAUUUAUGUUUUCGAUCUCAGCACCGACGAUCUCCUAUUCAAAUAUGAACUACCAGAGGAAUUUAUCAAGCAAGACAGUCUAUAUUCCAAUAUAGUAGUGGACAAUAAGGAUGGAGAUUGUUCUAAUGUACACGCUUACCUAACAGAUGUUUGGAGGUAUGGACUAGUGGUAUACAGUUUGAAAAGUGGCAGGAGUUGGCGAAUUUAUGACCACUUAUUCUACCCAGAUCCGCUAGCCGCUGCCUAUAAGGUUCACGAUCUAGAAUUUGAGUGGACAGAUGGAAUUUUUGGUUUAGCUUUGUCGCCAUGGAACAAAGUGCAAAAAGACAGGAUUCUUUACUAUCAUCCUAUGUCCAGUUUCAGAGAAUUUUACGUUAAAACUUCUGUUGUCUGCAAUGAAACAGGUUGGGAGAAAACGAAGAACGCAUUUAGAGUUAUGGGACAAAGUAGGGGUAAAUCAGGACAAGUAUCUGCCUCUGCAAUGGAUAGGAAUGGAAUUAUGUUUUACAAUUUAGUGACCAGAGAUGCCAUAGGAUGUUGGGAUUCUAGAAAACCAUAUAAAAGAAGCAAUCUAGGCGUCGUCGCACAAAACAGUGAAAGAUUAAUAUUUCCCAAUGACUUGAAGAUUGAUAAAGAGAAAAAUCAGAACGUGUGGAUAAUAUCUAAUAGAUUGCCAUUUUAUUUGUACAAGUCAUUAGAUAAAAAUGAUAUUAAUUUCAGGAUAAUGUCAGCUGAAAUUGCAAAUGCUAUAAAAGGAACAAUUUGUGAACCCGAGUUGGCAUAUCCAGAUUCCUUCAUUCAUUUUUCUGGAGACGAAGAUUGUUACUGAGGUCGUUAUAAAGUUGUCGUUUACUUUUUCUACGAGAAUACUAAAAACAUCCUUUGUUAUGUACAAUGCAGUAUAUAUAUAAACAACUCGUUCAAAAAUUGAA